AUCAUGAUGAGGUUGCCCAAAACUCUCACGAGUGCGACCAAAGCGCAUGUUAUUCUCGACGUCGACGUCUGCCUGGAAUGCAGCGCGCCAGAAAGACUUCGACUUCAUUAGCUGCCAGCUCGGUCAACGCGGUCAAGAAGGCCGUUGAGGUCUCCAAAACCAUCGCUUGGGCCGAACUCGAGGAAUGGCAGAAGGACAAUGAAUAUAUCUUGGCGGGCUACAGAAGGACUCAGAAUAGCUGGAAGGGUACCCUCCAUUCUGUCUAUGCCUAUGUCCACAACGAGACCGUGAAUAUACACAGUCACCUCUGGGGCGCCGUCCUCUUCGUCUAUCUCAUGGUGACAUUUCCGAGCUACAUUCGUCAAUUUCCGAGAGCUACUUGGAUGGACGUCGCUGUCGCAUGUGUCUUCCUGUCCUCGGCUGUUUUCUGUCUCUCCGCAAGCGCCUUCUACCAUGCGGCCUCAUGUCAUUCGCAGUCGGUCUCGCACCGCUGCCACGCGCUUGACUACUCCGGCAUCGUGGUACUGACCGUUGGGUCUUUCUACCCGUCUCUAUACUACGGCUUCUACGGCGAUGCGCGCAUGCAGACCGCCUAUAUCUCUGGCAUUACUAUAAUCGGCCUAGGCGCUGCGUACGUCGUCCUGAACCCAGAGUACUCGAAGCCAACACAUCGAGGCACGCGAACAUCUGUAUUCAUCGCGCUCGGCCUAUGCGCCGUCGUACCUGUUUGUCAUUGGUUCUUCACGCACGGAGCCAAUACGCUGCUCCUGGAUAUGGGUUAUGGCUGGCUCGUUGCGUCGGGGGCGCUCUACAUCGCCGGUGCGCUGAUAUACGCGAACCGCAUUCCGGAGCGCUACUCGCCAGGUACUUUCGAUUACUAUCUGGCCUCUCACCAAAUUUUCCACGUCUGCGUCGUGCUGGCUGCGUUAGCACACCUUGCUGGUGUAAUCAAAUCGAUAGAAUACACGCACGCUGCGCCUACGCGCAACGGAAUGUAAACGACCUCUUAUCGACGCGGUCAUCGUCCAGGAAGGGAAGCAUCAUCAUGCCGGAGCCGCAAGAACUGGCGCCGUUCAGGAGGAGCCUUCGAACCGCCCGCUUUCACGUGUUGCACAUUAGACGCUGAGUCCGCACCACGGACCCCCAUUUCCCGCCGG